UAAUUGGUGUGAGUGUUGGAAAUAGUUAUACUACUUAUGAGUUUCAAUUACCAGGGGAAAGACCAUUUAUUUUUAAUAAAAUCCUUAUAAUUUUAUUAAAAUAAAUGUAGUGUCAAAUUAUGUAAGUAGGUACUAUAAGUUUUCUUGGUGCUGCCGUCGUAUGUGUUAUUUCUUAUGUGGUUAAAUAUUCUAAGGACAAUAUAAUUUCAUUGGUUUCAGAAAACUUAUGCUAUCCGUAUGUUUUAUAUUGGUGAACACACGUUACCCAAAGAAGAGCUUAUAUCAUAUUUCCAUAAAACCGUAAGAGAUGUGAAUUCCAGUUAUUGUGAGAUAAACGUAAACGGCCUUUUAAUCGUUUAUGACAGUUAUUUCAUUCAUGUACUCGAGGGCUCUGAGGAUACAGUGCACAGGCAGCUCAGAUUUUUGCUUAAGAAAGAAGAGGAAUGGAUUGAAAAUAUGCGCAAGAUAGACGAAGACGCAACUCAAGAAGUUCUCCGUGUUGCGGAGGAGGCAGCCGCUGAAGGUCUGACCGCAAUCUUGGAGCCAGAAGCUGAACCAAAACCAGAAAGGAAGAUGUUCAAACGUUUGAAAAUGCUGAUGAUCUAUCAUUCCAUAACGACAUUACUGUUUCACGACUGGAAGGCGGUCACGGCACGGCCGCCAUCGUUGAUCAGCAAGCUGGACGCGUACGCUCCGCUACAGGAUCACAUCGAGCAGCUCCGGAUAUGCAUGAUGAAGAUCAACAAACUGUGUUACUUGUCGAAGACGGAAGCGAACCUUUCUUUCGAAGGGUUGAGCGCAGUGGAUCCAAAGAUAACGGCGCUGCCAGAAGUGGGAUUGUUGGACUUUUUGCUGCAGUCGCCGCACGUCUUGGACUUGCGUUACGUGGCUCAUUUCCACAGGCGCGUCGACGACUACGUAUUUUACUUUGAGUCUGUGUGGCCUCUGCCAACUCAUUUCACGCCUCGGCUGCUCUACAAGUUAAAGAUCGACGAUUCUUUCGUGGAACCAUUACCUGUCAUGCCUUGGGAACUGAUUAAAAAGGAGAAAGAAGCCGAUGAUGAGGACAGAGAAGAUCAACAAAGUGCAAGCUCAAGUAGCGAAUGAAGCGUAUAAUACACAUCAGAUAUUAUAUAUUCAAGAUUUUUUUAAGUGAUCUCAUUGUGAAACUAAUUGAGACACAGUACAUACAUAAUAUUAUGAAUAAUAGAAUCAGAAACAUCUAGUCAUUUUGUAAUUUGCACCUAUGCCUUUUUAUGUAAAUAUAAAAUAAGAAUUUCAAAUUGUAA